UCAUGUACUUCCGGUUAACAGUUCGGCUGCUCUGAAUGUUGAAGUGGGAAUAAUAAAGAGCAAAAAGCAAAGAUGGAGUGCAACGAGGAGGGCGGCCUCAGUGGAGGAGGCUCUGUGGGAGAGGAGAACUACUUUCUGGGAUACACGUUUACAGACCGCUCUCACUCGAGUCGUGUGGUGAAGAGCAUCAUGGACUUGUGCCUGGAGGACGGCCUGUUUGCUGAUGUCACCGUCACUGUAGAUGGCAAAGAGUUUCACCUGCAUCGGCUGGUGCUCUCUGCUCAGAGCAGUUUCUUCCGCUCGAUGUUCACCUCCAACCUCAAAGAGUCCCACAACCGCAUUAUUGAGCUGAAGGACGUCGGCGCCCCCGUCUUUCAGCUGCUGGUUGAUUACAUCUACCAUGGCACGAUUAAGCUGAGAGUGGAGGAUCUGCAGGACACCUAUGAGAUGGCAGACAUGUACCAGCUGACUGCUCUGUUUGAGGAAUGCUCCCGCUUCCUUUCACGGACAGUGGAGGUCAAGAACUGCCUACAGGUUAUGUGGCUUGCAGACAGGCAUAGUGACCAGGAGCUGUAUACUGCAGCUAAGCAAUGCGCUAAAAUCCACCUGGCUCAGCUGCCUCAGACUGAAGAGUUUCUCAAUCUGCCUCUCUGUCUGCUCUUGGACAUUAUUAAAGAUGGAGUGCCAAGCUCUCAGAAUCCAACAGUGGCCAUCGAGUCAUGGAUAAACCACAACAAGGUCGAGAGAGAGGAAUUCGCUUGCAUCCUCCAAGAGAAUCUUAAGGAGAUCGGUGAGAAUGUCCACAUAUACCUGAUUGGUAAAGAGGAGACGAGGACUCACUCUCUCGCUGUGUCACUUCACUGCGACGAGGAUGAUGUGAUAAGCGUGAGCGGCCAGAACAGUUUAUGCCACCAGAUCACUGCAGCUUGUAAACACGGCGGAGACCUGUAUGUGGUGGGGGGGUCCAUCCCACGCCGCAUGUGGAAGUGCAACAUGCACACUAUGGACUGGGAGCGCUGUGCACCCCUGCCCAGGGACCGCCUCCACCACACCAUGGUCUCCGUCUCAAGUGAGGACGCCAUCUACUCUCUAGGAGGGAAGACGCUGCAGGACACGCUGUCCAACGCCGUCAUCUAUUACACAGUGAAGGACAACAUGUGGACAGAGACCAGUCAGCUGGACACUGCCGUGUCCGGAGCCGCUGGCGUCAACCUGGGAGGCACCAUCUACCUGCUCGGAGGAGAGGAAAAUGACAUGGACUUUUUCACCAAGCCAUCCCGUGUCAUUCAGUGCUUCGACACCUCCUCCCAAAAGUGCCAGAUCAAACCCUACAUGCUGCCGUUUGCAGGCUGCAUGCACGCCGCCGUCCACAUGGAUGUGAUCUUCAUUGUAGCGGAAGGAGACUCACUGGUGUGCUACAAUCCUCUGUUGGAGAGUUUCACGCGCCUGCGCUUCCCGGAGGCUUGGAGCUGCGUCCCGUCGCUGUGGAAGGUGGCCAGCUGUAACGGCUGCAUAUAUGUUUUCAGAGACAAGUGUAAGAAAGGAGACGCUAAUACAUUAAAGUUCAACCCGGCCACGUCUGUCGUCUCUGUUAUCAGAGGUAUAAAAAUCCUCCUCACUAACUGGCAGUUUGUCUUAGCCUGAACUGCCCUCUGUAUGUUCACGCGUUUCCUGCUGUGAAUCAAGGAAGAGUCUUGGAAUAUUUAGCAUCCAUGCUCCAACGUCCUCUAAGGAGAUCUUUCCUGAUGUCUUCCCUCAGCAGUCUUACUCAUUCCAGCCUAUUUAUGACAGCUCAGCCUCGUGUUUCACCUGCUUCUUGUCUCAGUGUGUCAUUGUGAAUCUCUUAGCUGAGAAGAACCUUUGCAGUGAUUUUUGUGACCAGUAAAAUUAAAACGAUUGUUUCCUUUUUUAUAUGCAUGAAAAACACAACACUCCCUUCAGUAUAUUGCAGUAUCAUUCUGUUGAAUGAAAAUCCUUAGAUGUCAAAUUACAGAUCUAUGUGCAAAAACAUACCACAGGAUGUUUUAUAACGUUUCAAUUUUUUUACAGUUAUUUUGCUUUAAGUUGUAUUUUCAUGUACAGUGUAAUUGUUCAAGUUGAACCGUCAUGAGAAAUGUUAAAUACACAAGUGUAGCUAAAAGCUGUCACUGUUUGUAUUGUCUUGACUCAACAGCCUUUGACACUUUUAGUAACUUCACUGAAAUUAUGGUGUUUUGUUUUUUAACAGAAACUGAACAUCGUUUAUUGUUGAAGUUACACAGGAACCUCAUCUAAAAAUGUCACUGUAUGAAUUCUGAAAACAUUCCCUCG